ACAUCAGGGGCGUUAUUACAGUCACCCAAUGACACGGUACCUGCAUUACCAGCCUCUAUUGCAAUGCAGUGGCGCCCCACACAUCCUUCGCCGGGCUAGUGUUGGCAAGCUCGGGAUAACGCUGAGAGGUCAUGUGAUUCCGGUUUUUCCUCCUCUUUUCCUCCUCCGAAGUUGAAAGGCAGGAGCAGAGCGGCGGAGGGGACCCAGCUCGCCUGAAACUGGCCGUGGAUGACGCGUUUUCGUCCCUUUCCCACCACAGUAUUGUUUGUUACUCGCUCGGUGUGAUAGUUGUACCCAGACCUUUGCCAUGGCGGGGGCUAUUAUUGAAAACAUGAGCACCAAAAAGUUGGUGAUAGUGGGAGUUAUUUUGCUUUUGUUUCAGGCAUUUUCUUUCAUGGUCGGCGGUUUAAUUGCACCAAGCCCCACAACAGCCAUCAACUACGUGGCCACCAAGUGUGUAGACACAGUCAAGCAAAGACAGGAACCAACAUGGUUCACGCCCUGGGGUCUUAACCCCUGCGACAAGAUCCAGACCUUUGAAGAGGCUAUGGCCAAGAAGAUUGGGGCCAACAAUAUUGUGUUUGCUGUCCACAUUCCUAUGCGCAACAUGGAAAUGAGCCCCUGGUUCCAGUUUAUGCUGGUCAUCCUGCAGUUCGACAUUGCCUUUAAGAUGCGCAACCAGAUAGAGGAUGGAGCGGUGGUCAGCAUUGAUGUGCGUCUGGCCUACAGAGACGAUGCAGUCAGUGAGUGGACAGAGAUGGCUCACUCUUUUGAACAGAGGAAACUCAGCUGCAACUUUACUUCUACCAAGGCCCUUGAGAAUGAGGGACGUUACUAUGACUGUGACUUACUACCCUUUAUGGAAGUUGGUAGCGUGGCCCAUAAGUACUAUCUUCUCAACAUUCGCCUGCCUAUCAUCGAACGCAAGAAGGUCAACGUGGGGAUCGGAGAAAUCAAGGACAUUCGUCUUGUUGGCAUCCACCAGAACGGUGGCUUCACCAAAGUUUGGUUUGCCAUGAAGACGUUCCUCACUCCCAGUAUCAUCAUCAUCAUGAUCUGGUACUGGAGACGCAUCACCCUCAUGAGCAGACCCCCUGUGCUGCUGGAGAAGGUAAUCUUAGCUCUGGGCAUUUCCAUGACAUUCAUCAACAUCCCUGUGGAGUGGUUUUCUAUCGGCUACAACUGGACCUGGAUGCUGCUUUUUGGAGACAUCAGGCAGGGCAUCUUCUACUCUAUGCUGCUCUCCUUCUGGAUCAUCUUUUGUGGGGAGCACCUCAUGGACCAGACAGAGAGGAACCGUUUCUCAGUCUACUGGAAGCAGGUCGGACCCAUUGUCUUUGGCUCCUUCUGCCUCUUUAUCUUUGACAUGUGUGAGAGAGGUAUCCAGCUGACAAACCCCUUCUUCAGCAUCUGGGCAACUGACAUUGGAACUGAGCUGGCUAUGGCGUUCAUAAUUGUGGCAGGGAUCUGUGCCUGUCUCUACUUCCUCUUCCUCUGCUUCAUGGUUUUUCAAGUCUUCCGCAAUAUCAGUGGAAAGAGGACGUCCCUGCCUGCCAUGUCUAAGGCCAGACGCCUGCACUAUGAGGGUCUGAUUUUCAGGUUCAAGUUCCUCAUGUUGGUCACUCUGACCUGUGCUGCCAUGACUGUCAUCUUCUUCAUCAUCAGUCAGGUUAAUGAGGGUCACUGGCAGUGGGGAGAGCACACCGUGGAGGUGAACAGCGCCUUCUUCACCGGCAUCUAUGGCAUGUGGAACUUGUAUGUCUUUGCCAUCAUGUUCCUCUACGCACCAUCUCACAAGCGCUACGGAGACGAGCAGUCAAGUGGUCAGUGCAUCACUGGAGAUACCGGAGCAAACAGUGGAGAGGACCUUCAGCUGACCACUACCAUCACCCACGUUGAUGGUCCCACUGAGAUCUACAAGUUGACUGGCAAAGAGGCCCAGGAGUAGAUUUCACACUGUUCUUGAGACUCCCCUCUUCUAGCUACUGCUCCACUGAUCCCCUCCCUUACAUGUGGUUAAAGGGACUUUCUGUUCACAUUCCCACAGCAUCAGCAGUUCAUUUUGCAUGUACCUACCACAGUCCCUGCUAUUUUCUCAGCAGCAAACCUUCAGCUGUAUGACUUGUGUCAUCCUGUUCCCUAAAGACAUGUUGUAUCUCUAAAGGCUGAAUAUUAUCAACACACUCCUAUCGGUCCUUUCCAUUUCUUGGUGGAUUUUUUUUUCUUACAUUUCAUACAUAAUAUAAACUAUGUUGUGUUUGUAAAGGUACCAAGUCGGGUACUGAAGAGCUGUGUUAUAAAGAUUAGUGUUAAGAAAACCAUUAUUUGUCAGUCAGGAGUUGUGUUCUGCAGCCCUUUUUUUCAGUGUGUUUACAGUGUUUGUAAAAACCAGGUUUUCUGACCGCAUUGGCCAGCAAAAGUUAUGGAUACAGUUUAGCCCCUUGGUUUGAUUUUCUGCAUCAUUACCUGGUAUAUUCUCAGUCAAAGCCUUUGGGAUGGUUAUAUUCUUCUGUAGAAAGUGGUGGUGGAGUUCUUGCUUUAUAUCACUGGGGGCAAUGUACAGACCACAUUUUCACUUGGGAAAUGCAUACUGUAUGUUCAUCAUGUUACAAUGUAGAUAUCUAUUUUUUAUAAAGUGCUUAUUUUCAACUUCACAAAAUAUGUGGAUCAAGCUUUAUCAGUUUUUGAAGCUGACUAUAGCCCAUUACAUAUUGUUCUUAGUGUUUUUAUGCUAAUUUAAAUAAAAACCUUUUAGCUAAUACCUCUAAGUAUUGUCAUACUAUUGGCUCUAAAUGAUUGAAAUGUGUA